GGCUCUUAUAUAGACAGGCUGGCCUGGAACUUCCUGGUUUGAACUUCUGGUUCUCCUGCCUUGGUCUCCUGGGGAUUAGGAUUAUAGGUUUCUGUUCCCACAGCCCACGUAUGCAGUCCUGGGCAUUGAGGACAAGGCUUUGUGCAUGUGAGACAGGCAAGUACUCAGCUCUGGCCUGUAAACUGAUUGCCAAGGAAGAUCUGGGUGACUUAAGCUGAGCCCUGAAGGAAUAAGACUAUUCCAGAAGAAAUAAGUCAAGGGCCAAACAUGUUUGCCCAUGCUUAUAAUACUAACACUAAGGAGACUGACACAAGAGAUUUGCCCCAAGUUCAAGAACAGCUUGGACUACAUAACGAAUUAAAACCAAGUUGGGUGACACAGUCAGACCCUGUGUCCAGGGAAAGCCUACAAGGCUGGAACAUGGGAAACAAGCACGGCGGUGGGCGCCUGAAUCCCCAACACUUGGGAAGCUGACCAAGAAAAAGAAAAAUGUAAACCAGCCCUGAUUCUGAGCUCAUGUUGGUCUUGGCUAUGAGACCCUGUCUCAAAGAAAGAGGAAGGGGUGCUGGGGAGAUGGCCCACACACAAACAUUUUUAAAGUAAAAGAGGUGGGACAAAAAUUGAAGCACGGGGGUAGGAGAGAGGGUGAGGGUAGGUUCUUGGGAGUAGCUGGCAAACCACUGUGACUGUGGUCAAGUAUUUUGGGAGCCAGGAAGAAUGUUAGAUGUACAUCAUUAGGGCUCCUGGCCUGAGCACGGUAGUGCAUGCCUUAAUUUCAGCACUAAAGAGACAGAGACUGGUGGAGCUCUUUGACUUGAAGGCCAGUUUGGUAUAAAUAGGAAGUUCCCCGCCAGCCUGUAUCAUAAAGUAAAACAAAAAACAAACAAAAAAAAGACUCGGCUGCAGAAACGGCUAAGACAGUGCAGCUGCAGGAGUUGGUGAGGAUCCGAGUUACUUCACAGCUGCGCAAGCCCCAGAGAGAUGUGAUGAGUGGGUCUCGCAUGGGGGCUGUUUAUUGGCGGUGAGGUGGGCGUGGCAUCGGGACAAAACUACGCAGGCGCCAAGCUCCCUCGUUUCCAUGGCGACGAGGACUCACACGCCUCAACGGCUUAGCAACUGUUCUGCUCAAGACUUUGGUCCUGCCGCUGGACUCUGUCGUCCUUAAAUAUUUCAGUUUUCCUUCUCCAUUCCGACUGCUUCCUGAAGCCAAAGGAAUCUUGGUCCCUGGCAUGGGUGACCUGGAGCUGCUGUUGCCUGGGGAGGCUGAGGUGCUGGUGCGGGGCCUGCACAGCUUCCAGCUUCGGGAGAUGGGAUCUGAAGGGUGGAGUAAGCAACAUGAGAACCUGGAGAAGUUGAACAUGCAAGCCAUCCUCGAUGCAACUGUCAGCCAGGCUGAGCCCAUCCAGGAACUGUUGGUCACCCACGGGAAGAUCCCAACGCUGGUGGAGGAGCUGAUUGCUGUGGAGAUGUGGAAACAGAGGGUGUUCCCGGUGCUGUGCCGGCUGGAGGACUUCAAGCCCCAGAACACCUUCCCCAUAUACAUGGUGGUACAUCAUGAGGCCUCCAUCAUCAAUCUCCUAGAGACAGUAUUCUUCCACAAGGAAGUGUGUGAAUCAGCAGAUGACACGGUCUUGGACCUAGUAGACUACUGCCACCGCAAGCUGAUACUGCUAGUGGCUCGGAAAGGCGGUGGUGACCUGUCUGAGGAAGAACGGUUCCAGGACAGUACCCCUAUGCAAGAGCUGCAGAAGCAGGCAGAGAUGAUGGAGUUUGAGAUCUCCCUGAAAGCCCUUUCCGUGCUUCGAUACAUCACAGAUUGCGUGGAUAGCCUCUCCCUGAGCACACUGAACCGAAUGCUUACCACACACAACUUGCCCUGCCUCCUGGUGGAACUGCUAGAGCACAGUCCCUGGAUCCGGCGGGAAGGAGGCAAGCUGCAGCAUUUUGAGAGUGGCCGAUGGCAGACAGUGGCCCCCUCAGAGCAUCAAAAGCUGAACAAACUGGAUGGGCAAGUAUGGAUCGCCUUGUACAAUCUACUGCUCAGUCCUGAGGCCCGAACCCGUUACUGCCUUACAAACUUUGCCAAGGGACAGCUGCUUAAGCUUCAGGCCUUCCUCACCGACACACUGCUUGACCAGCUGCCCAACCUUGCUGAUCUGAAGAAUUUCCUGGCCCACCUGGCCCUGGUUGAAACUCAACCCCCUAAGAAGGACCUAGUGUUAGAACAGAUCCCAGAAAUCUGGGAUCGGCUGGAGCGAGAGAACAAAGGCAAGUGGCAGGCUAUCGCCAAGCACCAGCUUCAGCACGUAUUCAGCCUCUCCGAGAAGGAUCUUCGCCAACAAGCACAGAGGUGGGCUGAAACCUACAGGCUGGACGUCUUAGAGGCUGUAGCUCCGGAGAGGCCCCGCUGUGCCUACUGCAGUGCCGAGGCCUCCAAGCGCUGCUCCAGAUGCCAGAAAGUGUGGUAUUGCUGCAGGGAGUGUCAAGUCAAGCACUGGGAGAAGCACGGAAAGACGUGUGUUCUAGCAGCCCAGGGUGACAGAGCCAAGUGAAGGCCAGUAGCUGCUGAGGGCCGACAAAAGAGUGCACCCAGAAUGUGACUCUGAGCUUCAGGGACUCUUGCCUGGCCCCUGUCAGACCUCAAUUUCCCUGGUUGAGGAGCACAGCUGAGUCAAGAAGAGCUGCAAACCACUACACAGAAGCGAAGGCUCUUCACUUCCUGCCCCACCCAGCAAAUACGUAGAGGACCAGGCCACAGCAUCAGCAAACUAGCAGACAGGGUUGGGGGGUUGUGAGCAAGGGCCGGAUGUGGAGACCCUCUUCCUUUCUCACAAUAAAGCAGACUCAUGAAACGCA